AUGGCAAAAGCAGAGGUGGAGUUGCAGGAGAAAGCCGAAGAGCCAUCCGUGGAGCAAGCCUCUGAGCUGCCAGAUCCAGAUCCGCAGCAGGCGGAGGCACUGAGACUAAAGGCGUUCCGCAUGGUGGUCAAGGACUGCGUGGAAGAGCUCACUGAAGUCCUGGACGCGGUGCCGGAGAGGAUGUGGACCAAGUGGCAGAACAAGGCCAACAAGGAUUUGCUCACCCUGGCGGAGGAGCGAGGGUCCAGCUCGACCUACGCGUUCUUGUCCAAGCGCUUGGGCAUCGCCAAGGAGAGGGAAAACCACGCAUUCAUGGUCAGCCAGGCGGUGUGGGUCUUCUUGCCUGGAGAGGUGGUUCCCAACCAAGCCACAGUCUGGGAGGACAGCCCGGCGGAGCAAAGCACUGUCAAAGUGCAGAUGUGGGAUGACGACUCGGAGACGUUCCGCGAAUUUGACAAGUGCAUGGUGCACCGCAUGAACGACUCCUAA